UCCCAAAAACAGGAAAAAAAAGUCUCUGUUAAAGAACCUAGUGUUGGCCUUUUAACAUAUCCAAUUUUGCAAGCUGCGGAUAUUAUGCUGUACAAGUAAGUUAAAUCUUAUAAAUCUGUUGGGCUGUCUAUCACAAGUGAAUAUAUUUAUAAUUUUAAAAUUAUAUCAUGUUAGUGAUAUGUAUAGUCCUUCAAUAGAUUUUUUUAAAUGUAUUUUUAAUUAGUCUAUAUUAUGCCCUUCAUUUUGAACAAAAGCAAUUUUUUCUCUUUAUUCUGCUGUUAAGAGCAACACUAGUUCCUGUUGGAGAAGAUCAAACUCAGCAUAUAGAAUUAACAAGAGAUCUGUCUCGUGCAUUCAAUGGAAGUUAUGGCUUAGUUUUUCCUGAGUGUCAAAUGUUGUCAGGUAACUAG